AUGGCCAGUACUGCCACGUCAGACGGCUCCUCCUCCUCUGCAGCCACGUCAUGCUCGGAGCCUGCCGCAUUGCUGCAGUACGAAGAGCAACUGCUGACGUGGCUGCGACGGUUUUCCGACGAGCUCGCGAGUCGCAUCACCGAGAUCGACGGCCGGAUCGACGGGCUGCUGAGCGACGCGACUCAGGUGGACGCGAAGCUUCGUGUGGUCGAGGCGAAGCUGCAGUGCACUCCCGUGAUUCGCGGCGCCGUUCACACCAUCUCAAGCCCAGGGCAGUCGCACGUGAGUCUGGCACAAGGCGAGCUUAGCGGGAGGGCGGGGAUGUCUACAGCGGGGAUAUCAAUUGCUCAGAAGAAGCAGAACGAGAAACAGAACGAGAAGCAAAAGGAGGAGCAGAAAGAGAAGCAGAAGGAAACGCAAAAGGACAGCCAGAAGGACGAGCAGGGAGGCAAGAGCGGAGGGGGUUUAAGCUUUGAGGAGCGGGUUCAGGUGAAUUAUCAGGUGGCUCUGCAGUUAGCAGGUGCGAGCCAGAGCUAUUACAGCCCACAACUGACAUCAGCAGCAGCAGCAGCAGCAGCAGCGGCAGCAGCAGGUGGUGCUGGUGCCGCAGCUGUGGGUGCUGCGUCCCCCCUCUUUCCUCCCUACAGCAGUGAUGCAGCGAUGGUUUCUCCCUUCCCUGACCGGCCAGACUCUCUCGCUGCCCUCGCCUCUCUCUACGAUUUCACCACCGCCAUCCCCACCCCCUCCUCUCCCCCUCCCUCCUCUGAGCCUGGGGAUCUAUCUGCUGGGCUUGCCAGGCAGCAGCCGGCACCUGGUGAAACACCUGAAUCGUCUGUCUCUGUUACUGGGCACCUGUCAGGUGAAUUCCCAGGUAGAACAGGCACUUUCCCAGGUGCUGUUCCUUUCCUGCCUGGGUCGUCCCCCUCUCCUCCGCCCUUCCCUUCUCCCUCACUCUCUCUCAUGGAGCCAUCGGGAUGGGCUGUUGAUAACUUUAGGUCCCUGCUGGAGCAAGCACUCAGAGCACCAGGUGCUGACUGA